CAGCCCACUUGCCUUGCCUGCAAACCCUUCUCCCCUUCUCUUCUGCAGUUCUCCUUCCUCUCUCGCCCUCACCCUCGCUGUCUCUCACCCUCGCUGCCUCUCGCUAUCUGCCUCCUUUCUCUUGCUAGUCCGCGCGCGCUCGCCCUCGCUAAGGCUCGGCUUCUCUUGCUCUCGCUAGGGCUCGGCCCCUCUCGCUCUCGCUCGCCCUCGCUCUCUCUCACCCUCGCUGCCUCCCGCUCUCUGCCUCAUCUCUCUUGCUCGUCCGCUCGCGCUCGCCCUCGCUCUCUGCGUCUCUUGCCCUCGCCCACCGAAACCGCUUUAUUUUUCAUAGGACUCGGACCGCGUCGCGUGGGUGGGCUUUUUCUAGAAGCAAAUGCUUCGAAGUUUCGCUGCCCAAAACCCAGAUGGAUUGUCAACUCCAUAGUUGUCUACGGCAGAAGAAGUGGGUCAGAAACUAGAAUUUUUCCCCCCCCUAUAACCAGACCCGUACAUCCGUAGAUGGUUGAUCACCAACGCACUGCUAAUACGGGGGAAAUCACUGUAUGAACCAAGAAGAGGCGAUUGAUCGAUAUAGCUUACCAGUUUGGCUCCAAAUUCACAAGUCUCUGUCAAAAUGUCUCCUAGAGGGUUAGUCCAUGAAUCCAUGGCUCAGAUUGCCUCCAGUAGUUGCUCUGCACUAGAAGCAAAUGAAGCGGCAUCAGAUGAUGUUGCUACAGGAGAGCGCUCAACAGCUAGCAAUGACAAUAUCUCUCUCAUCCAUGUGAUGGAUGAAAGUGUGAAUGAAGUUGAUGGUCGAAGUGAAGAUACAAAUCCAAGCAAAAAAAGUGCUUCCAAGCAUAGCGCCAAAGGAGUAACUAACAAAAGCUGGCGUAGACGUACUCAACCCAUGGAUGAGAGUAUUAUUGUCCUAUCGAGCAUUGCUGAAUCAUCGAAAAGAAUUGCUAAUGCUAUGGAGAUUCAAGCGACAUUAGAUGCACAAAAUCACAUCAAUUGGCAAUUGGUGUUAGAAAAAUUAAAAGGCAUGAAGAUAGAUAGGCGUGAUAUGAUGCAAGUCAUGAAGAUAUAGCUUACCAGUUUGGCUCCAAAUUCACAAGUCUCUGUCAAAAUGUUUCCUGGAGGGUUAGUCCAUGAAUCCAUGGCUCAGAUUGCCUCCAGUAGUUGCUCUGCACCAGAAGCAAAUGAAGCGACAUCAGAUGAUGGUGGCAUUGUUGGCGGGAUGGCUCGUUUGGGAAUUGGAGGUCAUGAGAUUAACAGCUCCAACAACGAUGAGGAUGGUGGUGGUAUUCAGGUCACAUGCUUCACUGAAGUUAUGGAUGAUGUUACCCUCCACUUUCAGAUCAUUAGUCUCCACAAACAGAUUUAUGCAUGGAUUGGUUGCAACUCUGCCAAGUUUGGACAUUUAUAUGCUGCUGCCCCUACCCCACCUAACAGUACUGUAAGUGUUACUAACUUACUUGGAGGAACUUCUGAUAACACAGGAUCUAGCGUUGCUCGUCGACUCGUUCACAAAACGGGUCUUAAUGUUUUACUAGCCUGUAACAUUCCAAAGAAUAGUCCCACCCUUGAGGCAGCUGCUGAGAAAAAGCUGGUGCAGAAGCUAAUUAACCUGGGAUACGUUAGGCCGAAAAGUAAAGGAUCUUCUUCAUAGUUUAUCCCGUGUACAUACUACAGAUGCAAUUGUAUUGCCUUAGUGAUUCCUCUGGCUUUUUGUUUCCUCCUAUUAAGGGCCUAGGCGACAUUGUUGUGAUGUGCUGCACCUGCUGUGUUAUGUUAUGCUAUGAAAGUAAUAUGAUAAAAAGUAAUUCUUGGUAAUUUA